CCCGCGCUCACUCGCUCUUUGCUCCGAGGAAGCCAAGCUGGUAAACCCGGGCAGUCAACCCUCCAAGAUGAAAAAGCUCCAGGGAGCUCACCUCCGCAAGCCCAUCACCCCAGACCUACUGAUGACUCCCAGUGACCAGGGCGAUGUGGAGCUGGACGUGGACUUCGCUGCAGACCGGGGGAACUGGACAGGCAAACUGGACUUCCUGCUGUCCUGCAUCGGCUACUGUGUGGGCCUGGGGAAUGUCUGGCGUUUUCCCUACCGAGCCUACACCAAUGGAGGAGGCGCCUUCCUCGUGCCCUACUUCCUCAUGCUGGCCAUCUGUGGCAUCCCCCUCUUCUUCCUCGAGCUGUCCCUGGGCCAGUUCUCCAGCCUGGGACCGCUAGCUGUCUGGAAGAUCAGCCCUCUCUUCAAAGGGGCCGGCGCGGCCAUGCUGCUCAUCGUAGGCCUGGUGGCCAUCUACUACAACAUGAUCAUCGCCUACGUCCUCUUCUACCUCUUCGCCUCCCUCACCAGCAACCUGCCCUGGGAGCACUGCGGCAACUGGUGGAACACGGACCUCUGUCUUGAGCACAGAGGCUCCAAGGACGGCAACGGGGCCCUGGCCCUCAACCUCACCAGCACCGUCAGCCCCAGCGAGGAGUACUGGAGCCGCUACGUGCUUCACAUCCAAGGCAGCCAGGGCAUCGGCAGCCCCGGGGCUGUCCGCUGGAACCUCUGCCUCUGCCUGCUGCUGGCCUGGGUCAUCGUGUUCCUCUGUAUCCUCAAGGGCGUGAAGUCAUCGGGCAAGGUGGUGUAUUUCACGGCCACAUUCCCCUACCUCAUCCUGCUCAUGCUGCUGGUCCGUGGAGUCACCCUCCCAGGGGCCUGGAAGGGCAUCCAGUUCUAUCUCACCCCCCAGUUCCACCACCUGCUGUCUUCCAAGGUGUGGAUUGAAGCUGCUCUGCAGAUCUUCUACUCCCUGGGGGUGGGCUUCGGGGGGCUCCUCACCUUUGCCUCUUACAACACAUUUCACCAGAACAUCUACAGAGACACCUUCAUUGUCACGCUGGGCAACGCCAUCACCAGCAUCCUGGCUGGCUUCGCCAUCUUCUCCGUGCUGGGCUACAUGUCUCAGGAGCUGGGCGUGCCUGUGGACCAAGUAGCCAAAGCAGGCCCUGGCCUGGCCUUUGUGGUCUACCCACAGGCCAUGACCAUGCUGCCUCUGUCACCCUUUUGGUCCUUCCUCUUCUUCUUCAUGCUCCUGACGCUCGGCCUGGACAGCCAGUUUGCCUUUCUGGAGACCAUCGUGACAGCCGUGACAGAUGAGUUCCCGUACUACCUGCGGCCCAAGAAGGCGGUGUUCUCAGGGCUCAUCUGCGUGGCCAUGUACCUGAUGGGGCUGAUCCUCACCACAGAUGGGGGCAUGUACUGGCUGGUCCUUCUGGACGACUACAGCGCGAGCUUCGGGCUAAUGGUGGUGGUGAUCACCACGUGCCUCGCCGUCACCCGGGUGUAUGGCAUCCAGAGGUUCUGCCGCGACAUCCACAUGAUGCUGGGCUUCAAGCCGGGCCUCUACUUCAGGGCCUGCUGGCUGUUCCUGUCCCCAGCCACGCUCCUGGCCCUCCUGGUGUACAGCAUCGUCAAGUACCAGCCCUCAGAGUACGGCAGCUACCGCUUCCCUGCCUGGGCUGAGCUGCUAGGCAUCCUGAUGGGCCUGCUGUCCUGCCUCCUGAUCCCAGCCGGCAUGCUGGUGGCUGUACUCCGAGAGGAGGGCUCGCUCUGGGAGCGGCUCCAGCAGGCCAGCCGGCCAGCCAUGGACUGGGGCCCGUCGCUGGAGGAGAACCGGACAGGCAUGUAUGUGGCCACGCUGGCCGGGAGCCAGUCACCCAAACCACUGAUGGUGCACAUGCGCAAGUACGGAGGCAUCACCAGCUUCGAGAACACGGCCAUCGAGGUGGACCGCGAGAUAGCCGAGGAGGAGGAGUCGAUGAUGUGAGGCAGGUGGACUGGAGGCCCUGCCUGAGGCCUCACAGCCUCUCCUUGGGGGUCUGCAAGAGGCAGUGUGUCCUCUGGGGUUCUGAGAGGCUGUGGGAGGUUGCCAUGGUGACACUGAUCCCCCAAAGCAGCUCCUUCCUGUGGCCUCUGCCUUCUGAAACCUGUUGACCCCCCUACACACACACACACACACACACACACACACACACACUCACACUCACACUCAAAGCUGAGAUCCCACUCAGGCCAGGGAGGGAGGCACUUGCCCAAGGUCAUGUGGCAGAGAGGACUUUACCCCAGGUCACCUGACCAGCCAGUUUCCUUCCCCAUGGGGCAGCUGGUACCACCUCUGUCCAGGCCAGGAUGCCUCCCUUAUCUUGGGGAGCCCUUCCCCACAGUCUUCACUGCAACCAGGGACUUGAACUGUGGCAGGGAGACUCCAGGCAGGUAGAGGCCCCGAAAGUCAGUGAAUGAAGUGGGGAAAGACCCAUGUGGGCUCGGGUGUGCAGGCCAGCUUCCCGAGGGAGUGGCGGAUGAGCAUGGGGAGGGUUUGCAGAGAAAGGAGGAGGAACCCGGGUGGGGAGGGCCUUCCAGGUCCAGCCUUCACCCGGCAGGCCAGGCAGAGGCUCGCCUGGGGCAGACACUGCAAGUGGCUGGGUUCCUAGAGGGUCCCAGUCAGUGAAAUUACAGGGGUGGGGGAGCCAGGGCUGAAGGGGGGCAGGGGAUUUGCAUGAGAGUCCUAUCCUGAGUCUGUGCAGGAUGGGUUAGAGGGGAACAGUGUGGAGAUGAGCAGCCGGUGGAGGACAGGCAAGAGGUGCCUGUGGCUAGAGCUGGGCUUGAGCUGGGUGCUGGGGAAAGAGAGGAGGAUCAGCACUUUGGAGCAGGCCACACCUUCCCCCUGGAACUGUGGAGUUCUAAGCCUGUGCCCUGCUAACAGGGCCCCGAGCCGCACAGGCUGCAGAGGUGGGAGCAAGGGGUCCGAAUCAGAACCCAGGCCCCUCUGGACCUUUCACCCUUGCCCUGGCGGUCCUCACUGUCUCCUCCAGCUCUGGUGCUGCUGGGAAGUUGGCCUUGGUCCGGGAUGACAAGGGCACCUGAGAAAUGGAAGAUAGUCGCAUGCAUGGCCGUCUGGUCCCGACGCUGCUCCAGGCGUGGGUCCCAGGAGCGGCAUCGGAGUGGAGGCAGAACCCAGGCUGUGGCACCCCACACCCAUGAGAUAGGGGUGCAGAAAUGCCGGAACAGGCCCCUCACACGUGGCAUACUCCGGGGCGGUGGGGCACCCUGUGCAGCUGUGGCCCACUCCUGUGCCUGUCUCUUGUGGCGUCUCCCUGCCAGCCUGCGUUUUGUAGGUUUAUUGUUAAUAAACACCGA